AUGCCUGGAGAGAUUCCCAUCGGUGCACCACCACCUAUACUAUGGAAUCCGCCUCGUCUACCGCCUCUCGACAUGACUGGUAUGCUGAAUCUGCGUCCUCCCGCACAGCUCUACCCCGAGGAAAAUACGCCCGAUGUUCACAGAAACGCACUGCACUACGUUCACGUAUCCGAAACUACUCCUCCAAUCACCAAUGCUCCUCCCCUUACGGUUCUUCCAACAGAUACAGCGCUGAACUCUUUUGAGCGCAGCGAAUCCACCACUAAAAUAAUGGACAUCUCCAUCGAAUCACAUCCAAAAGUGGAAGAGCAAGCGCAGCUGGGGUUAACCUUCGCUCCUUCACAAGAUGAAUUCAAAAAUGAAAGCCCAGCUGCAGCCACAUUUGAUGUAGCAGAAUCGCCAUUGGACAACUUCUUUUAUCCGGAAGACGUUGCAGAUAUCACCCAAACUACAACCAUAAGUUCAACUUCCAUCGAUUAUGAAGAAGUGUACGCACAGAAACGCAUCGCCGAAAAGCAGAGCACCACUGAAGUCACUCAAGCGAUCACGGAUGAGAUACCACCUGCUGAUGAUAAAUUGCGGCCUCCCAUUUAUGUCGAGGCAUCGCACUUCGAGACAUUCGAGCCGGCUAUUGAGACAGUGACGGUGGAUGUCUCUAUCAACUACACCAAUACCAAUAGUGAAUCCGAAAACGAGAAAGACAAUUUCGAUACCUCGACGACGGAGACAGCAUAUGUAGAAAACUAUUCCCUGCGGCAACGAGAGGACCCCCAGCGGAAAAUGAAAGACGUAGCUGUGACACAACCUGCAGACCCUUUCUGGACAUUUCCACAAGAAGAUUUACAUGCAGUCAAACCGGCAAAGGCUUUCAGAGGUCUGAACAGUAUGAUUGUAGAAAAGCACCGAGAAAGCGGAGUGGUCGGGAAACAAAGCUUAAGGGAAGCUACCGGGAAGAGACAAAGUGUUUUCGUCGAUGUUUUUAGAAGAGAGAAGUUCAAGCAUUCAUUCGGCAGAAAGCGAGACAGGGAAGGGCAGAAACCGAAAUGCAACAGUGCUGCUCUUUGGAACAUCAUGGAGCAGAAGAUGUCUACAUCCGCCUCUGCUUCCAAACAAGUGCUCUAUUCCGCAGUGUUGGCAAGGUUCCCAGGCAGGAUUGCCAGUGUCAUUUGCUCACGUUAUUCGUUCUCAUACAUUGUCGUCACGUCUCCAAUCUACUGCGAACAUCGAAAGACACCUCUCACAUGCUUUGCGUUCAUUCAACCUUAG